AGCUACGCUUACCGUAUCCAUCAGUAGCAUGAGCCGGUCCCUCGCGUUCCCAACCAGAGCGUCACAAUCUCCGUCUAACGAGAAUCAUGAUCAAAUUACCAUUGAUACCCCCCCUUGCAAGGAACCAUUUGGCUACUGCUUAAGCCACCAAAGUAUCUACACGCCUCAGCACUGCCCGCUCAUGUGAUAUCCUGCACGCAUUCCGAGCAACCUUAGCCGCUGUCCAGUAUAAAACGCCUGGCCUUCCCCCGUCUCUUCCUUUAUGACUACUCCGGCUCAAUUCACAUUCCUCUAAGUCAGUUGACUCAGUUAAGGCCCAUGUCAAUUAAUAUCACCAACUACCAGCAGAACGAGACGGUUUCGUGCCCGCUCGUACUCGUCAAAGGAACAUGCACCACGUCUGGGUUGAUCCGGGUGAUUCACCACGGACUCGACCAGAACAAGUUCCCGGCACAAUACUUCUCAGUGGACAACGGCUGCUUCCGCGCGCUCGUGCACUUGGAAGGGGGUGAGAACACGGUGUACUUCCAGCUCGUGGAUGGCGAGAUACGUACGGAUGAGACGUACCGCGCGACCGCAUCGGUGGUUGUGCACCGCGAGAGCAACACGUUCGCGCCAUUGAAAAUCCACUACGUGCCAGUCGUGCAGAACAAGCCGAUCCACGUGUGCAUGAUUGUCGCCAAGGAUUCGCCCUUGGUGUUUGAUACGCCAGGCUACAAGAAAGCCAAAGAGGGCAACGGGUUCGAUCUUGCGGUCCGCAAGUUGAGGCUCGGGUGCCGCUUGAUGCAGACCUACACGCUCGAGGAGAUGCGCGCGAACGGGUUUGGUAACCGCACGUUUGCAUUUGCGGAGGAGUGGACGUGUAGCUCGUUGUCCAAGCAGGACUUUGACAAGAACGGCGAGGGGCGCGCGCAUAUGGACAUCAAGGUGCACGUGAUCACAUCGCGCAAGACACUUGCGGAGUUGCGCGACCCCAACAUGGCGCAGCAGAACCCGAAGGGCAGCAACACCGGCGGGCUCUUCAGCCACGCGCUUGACGAGUUGAAGCACUACGGGGGGCCCUUCGAGGAAGGCCACCGCACGGCCCAGGCCGCGGUGAUGUACCUCGACGCGACGUGGGACACGCAGUUGCAAUUGAUCCUCGCGCACGCGGCGCUCGGCGGUGGCGAUGACCGCAUCAGUCUCGCAAUCUUUGGCUCCCAGGGCUUGCACCUGUGGCCAUCCUUCGUCGAGGAUAUCAUCCCCGCGUUCCAGGACGACACGCGCCUCUCCAUUACCGAGGUUGCAAACGAUUGUAACCAGUGCGGCACCUCCUGGGAGACAUUUACGUUGUCUAUGGGCGCGUUCAUGCACGAGAUCGGCCAUUCGCUCGGUUCGCCACACCAGGAGUCCGGUGUCAUGUUGCGUGACUACAUCUUCCUCCAGCGGUCGUUUUGCACGCGCGAGACGUACUGCGAGCGGACAAAGGCCGGAGAGAGCCUCAUUGGGAGAGACGGAAAGUGGCCUAACGAGUGCCACUGGCACCGCUUGGACUUGAUCCGCUAUCUCCACCACGGGAGCUUGGGGUUGCCGACUGACGCGUACGAUCCGAGCUUCCAGAAACGUACCAAGACGUUGGGGAACGGUGCAAAGCCCGUGGAUCAGAUCUAUACGGGCGUCCAGGGCCAGCCUCUAGGGUUCCACGUGUCACAAGGGUGCAUCGUCAAGUCCACUAGCGGAAUCUAUCUCGUGGAAAUGGAUGUGGAUGGCUUGGCGCGCGCGUGGAUCGAGUACUUGCCGAAAACCGUUGGUGGACCGGGCCAGCAGUACGACCUUUUGCUCAACUACGAGGAGUUACAACGCCGAAUUCCGGAACGCUUCAGAAACAAGAAGAUGCAUGUGCGGGUGUUGUCUGGCUGCGGCGACUUCAACAUCGAUGACUUUGAGAAGUACUGUCACGAGGAUAGCACCGUCCGUUUGGGCGGCGGCGUGGUGGGCUACAAAUCUACGCUCUUGGGACGCCUGUUGGAGCACGAGGUGGUGGCCCAGGUGGAUAUGAACCUGGUUAUUGGAGCGAGGGUGUAUCAUGGAAGAGCUCUUGACGGGAUUCGCUUCUUUGUAGGGGCAGGGGCUCCGCCGGCUCUCCCACCGAGGAACUAUGGGGAGAAGCAAGGGUUUUUGGGUAAGGUCACUCAGAAGUUAAAGGAUGUAAAGCUCGAGAGCCAGAGUCCACAGGUGCCAGUCCACAGUGACUCGGUGCUCUUUGGAAAGGAAACAAAGGACUACACCGACUUCAUGUUGAACCCCGGCGAGCGCUUUUCCAGGUUCCAUUUCCGCAACGGUGGCUGGGUCGAUGCGGUGGUGUUAGAGACGACCAGUGGGAGAAGAUCAGCCAAUCUCGGAGGCGGCGGUGGACAUGUUACCACAUUAGAGGCGCCACCGGGGCUUUCUAUUCAGGGGUGGUACGGGUUUAUGGACAGGUGGGUGUAUGGGAUUGGGAUUGUCUAUGGCUAACAAACAUGGAUUAUGGGCUAGGCCAAACUCGGAAACUGUCGUGUAUGUCCACCCUGUAUGAU